AUGAACCAUCAUCAGAAUGGGAAACUGAGUAGCUUUUGCAGACUCUUUAUUACUAUUUCUAAGAAUUUGAAAAGCAUUAUCAGGACCUGUAGACUUGUUGACUACAAGCAAACAGGAGAAAUACAGCAGCAUGAGUUAAGACGGAUUCUUGAGAUUAAUUGCUUCAGGAUGAAGGAUUCUCAAUUUGAAAAAACAAAACACUAUAAUUUGUCUUCAUUACAGCUGCACUCAGCCUAUCAGGACCUUGAAAAAGCCUUUAGAGCAUUUGAUGUCAGUCAGAGUGGAUUUGUGUCCUUGGAUUACUUAAAGUCAGUCAUAAAUGGUUUUAUCUUUCCAUUACCAAAUGAAACUUUUCAAGAGCUAAUGAGUAGAGUAAACCCAGUGAGAGAAAUAGCUGAAGUUUUCUCAAGUGACACUGUUUUUCUGAAGUUGUGCAGGCACAUCCAAGAUGCAUAUUCUUUCCUGAAGCAGGCAUUCCUUAUGAUGGAUACGCAAUUGAUAGUGGAUGACAAGGCUGCUGAAGACCAAAAAGGAAUUACACACCGGGGAGUGUUCCAUGUCAAGCACUUCCAAUUUGGAAUUUCUGUGGCAUCAGGAAUUUUCCAGCGGUUCAUAGAGGAAAUGCUAGCAGGAAUUCUCAGGGUUGUUCCUUACUCUGAUGAUGUGUUGAUUAUGGGACCAUCUAAAGAGAAACUCACUGAGAGACUCAGAGAAGUUUUAGAGAGAUUGUGUAAAGCAGAUAUCAGAGUAAAAAGAGGGAAAUGUCAACUGGGAGUUUCCAGUAUCAACUUUCUGGGUUAUCAAAUUGAUACUUCUGACAUUCACCCAGUUGAAGACAAAGACAAAGCCACCAUAGCGGAGCCCCUUCAUUGCUUAUUGAAUAAAGAAGCUCAGUGGAAGUGGACUUGCCAGCACAACGAAGUCUUCCAGGGUGUCAGGAAAUUGCUGACAUCAGACUCUGUCCUUGUUCGCUAUGAUGAGCAGAAGCCACUGUCCAUUAUUUGUGAUGCCUUGCUGUUUGGUGUUGGCGCUGUCCUCAGACGAGAUGGAAAAAUCACUAGAAACGAGCUUUGUCGCAUUUUAGAUUGUUUCCUAUUUCAAAUAAAUGAUGAGGAGUUGCAAGACCUAAUCAAGCUAAUUGAUCCAGAACACACUGGGCACCUCAGCUACCAUAAAUUUUUAGACUUGUUUGAAGAAAAGGAAUCUCUAUUUGCAAAAAUGAAACAGAUUGAAGAUCAAACUAACAAACAUACCAAGAAUAGAACUGUUGAUGAAGUAAUUGAAAGGCUGAAGGACAAUGUGAUACAACAGGAAGCGAGUAUUAAAGACAGCUUUCUUGCAUUCAACAAGCAAUCAAGUGGCAAAAUUAGUAAAGUUGAUUUCAGAAAGAUGUUAGAGGAUCAUGGGAUGCCAAUGGAUGACAAUCAAUUUAAUCUACUAACUGAAAAAUUAGGAUUCCCAGAUAGAGGGUUGAGUUAUCUUGAUUUUGUAGCUUCAUUUGAUGGUAGACCAAAACAGAUGAGAAUGGAUGCAGAACUAGCUUGUGAUCAGGCUCAUUACUACCUUGUUAUCAAAGUGCAAACCAGAUGGCAUGACCUAGCAAGGAACUUCCGUGAAUUUGACAGAGAAAGAAAUGGCAUUGUGCAGCCAAAGGAUUUAAGAAAUGUCUUGUACAGAUUUGCCAUUCCAAUCACCUCAACAGAAUUUGAGAAGCUUUGGGCAAGGUACGACACAGAUUUAAAAGGCUACCUUACUUGCCAAGAAUUUUUACAGAAGAUGGGGGCAGAGAACAUACCUGCUGACAUUGGGCUAAGUAGCCAGAUAGCAGAAGACAACUGUGAAACCUUAAAGGCACGCUUCAGUAAUCAACAGAAGAAGCAUUCAAAGCUGGAAGAACAGCAGAAACAGCAAACUCAAGCCCUUCCCAUCAGUGAGAUUAAAAAGCAGAUCAAGGAUAAAUUUAGGGAUUACUUCCAAAACUUCAACAAGGCCUUUUACAAGAUGGAUAAAAAUAGAGAUAGCUACAUAACAAUAGAUGACCUGUGCAGGAUACUGCAGGAAUUAAACUAUUCUCUCGAUGAAGAUUACUUAGGAAUCAGCAUUCAAGACAGCAAGCUCUCUUAUGUUGAUUUCCUGAGAGCCUUUGAUGAUAGCAGAGCAUCUAAAUACCAGCAGAGACAAAAGCAGGCUGCACCACCUGCAAGCUGCACAAUGCUCAGCUUAAAAAAGACCCUAACUAAGAUCAAAGAAAUAGUUACAUCUUCAUACGAUUUGUUAUACAAGGCUUUUUCCUUGUUUGCUAUGGAGGGCACUGGGUUAGUUAAAGUGCUGGAGUUCCAUCAGGUACUUGACCAUUUCUGUUUUAAAUUAUCGAACAAACAAUUCAGGCACCUUUUCAAGAAGCUGAAGCUCUGUGAACCACGCACAGUAGAUUGGAAAAUUUUCUUGCAUAAUAUUCGCCUCCUCUCAGAGGGAGUACGAGUUGAUGUACAGAGAUAUGACAUCCAUCGUGUUAGCUGGAAACUUGUCAAUGGAGAAAAUACACUAUCAAAGGAGGACUUCAGGAGGGUUUGUAACCAGCAUUUUAUGCUUCUAACAGAUGAACAAUUUGAAAACCUCUGGAACACAGUGCCUGUCACUGCUGAUGGGAAAUUAAAGUACUGUGACUUUUUGAAGACAUUCAAUGCUGAAGCACUGACAAUGCCAUCAGACACUCCAGUUGCAAACAAUCCUGCAUCUGCCUCCAACUGUAGUACUCCUGCAGAGCCUGGGUCACAGUUAUCUUCUCAGCCUUCAUGCCCCAAAACAGCAUCUUCAGCUUUUGGUCGAAGCAAAACUCCAAUAUCCAGCCGACCUCAUACAGCAGUGGCAUGGUCCCCACCUUUGCUGAACUGUGAACCAAUAGAAAAUAAGAUAAGAAAGAAUAUUCAGCAUUCCUGGAGAGAAAUAUUGAAAGAAUGCAAAGAAAAGGAUGUCAGUCAGCUAGGAGAAAUCCCAGGGUCUGAUUUCUCAGCUAUAGCGGAGAAGUUCAAUUUGGAUUUAAGUAAAGAAGAAUUUAGCCAAAUAACAACAAAAUAUGACAUUAAGAACAAUGGAAAAUUUGCAUAUUAUGAGUUCCUUCAAUGUUGUGUCCUGUCAUUGAAACCUCAAGGAAGUUCAGUGUUACAAAGGAUGGUUGUUCAGAAGUUACGGGAGCCGAGGAAUCCUGGACCACAGAGUCUGACAUUUUUCAAGGCAAUGCUAAAAAUUCAGCCCCAGAUCUUGUACUGUUGGAGACCAAUGAGACGAUCUUUUAAAUCCUAUGACAAAAGUAGAACUGGACUGUUAAACAUUCAGGAUUUCAAACAGGUUCUGCGAGAGUACAGUGUCAACCUAUCUGAAGAAGAGUUUUUCCACAUUUUGGAAUUUUAUGAUAAAGCCUUAACAUCAAAAGUAUCCUAUAAUGAUUUCCUUAGGGCAUUCCUACAGUAGAAAAUGGAAGGGGUCAUCAAGUGCAAGAAACUGCAGCUAACAGAGAUAGUAGCUGAUUUAUACAGUUUGAUUGCCAAUCAAUAAAUUAAUUGAGCAUG